AUGUCCAACCAGCCUGUCAUAAACCACCAUGAAGAAGCCUACAUCUCACUGAUGAGAGGCUUGAAAGACCUGGACCUGCGAGGCCCUUAUAUUCCCAGUGACCUGGUGCUGAUUGGAGAUCAUGCUUUUCCUUUAGCCAUGAAUAGCCGAGGCCAGGUCCUGAUGGCUGCCUCUCUGUAUGGCCAUGGAAGGAUCGUGGUCCUGGGUCAUGAGGGCUACCUGACCACUUUUCCAGCUCUGGUGGAGAACGCUCUGACCUGGCUGAGAGGAGAUGGAUCUGACAACGUCUCUGUAGGGGUGCACAGAAAUGUCAAGAGUGUUGCUGAUAACCUCCAAAACUCCAGCUUCCAAGCAGAAGUAGUGGGGGGUUUUAGUGACAGUCUGGGGGUUGGUGUUUAUGUGACGGACGCCUACAGUGUCGGUGCAGACCCAAAGGAACUGGUGGCGUUUAUGAAAGCAGGAGGAGGUGUGCUGAUAGCAGGACAGGCCUGGAGCUGGGCUGGAGGCCACCCUAAGCAGAACACACUGCUUCUGUUUGAGGGUAAUAAGGUGUCAGGGGUGGCAGGAAUCUACUUCUCUGAGCAUCAGGGUGAUGCAGAGUACAUGCCUGUCUACCCUCAGAUCCCAUCCUCUUGGAUGGCUGUAGUGAUAGGUAAGGAUUUUGAUGAUGAUUUGGAGUUCUUACUCGAGGGAAUUUCAGAGUUUGACCUCCAAAAUGGGGUUGUAGCUUCUGAGCUUCUGAUCCACGGCCCUCUUGCUUUCCCCAUUGGUACCACUGACGAUGGACGAGCAUUUCUGGCAGGAGCCUACUAUGGGCAGGGACAGGUUGUUGUGAUCACACAUGAAGGACUUCUGAAGCGAGAGACACUGGCUCCAUUUUUCAACAAUGCCAUUCGCUGGUUGGAUGAAGGCCGGAAUGGGGUUGUUGGUGUGGUGCCAGACCUCCACGAAGCCUUCAACCUCGUCCACAAGUCAGGCUUUAAUUGUAAAAAGACCAACUUCAGGGAAGACCUGAGUGUGUUUGUGUGUACAGCAUACUGCAAUGAGCAUGUGAAGGAAAUCCAAGACUUUGUAGCAGAGGGAGGAGGCCUGCUGAUUGGUGGACAUGCCUGGUACUGGGCACAGACACACCACGGGCAAAACCCAAUGACAGAUUUCACAGGAAACAAGAUCCUUAACAAAAUGGGAUUGAGUCUGCUGGAGAAGAUUAUCGGGGAAGGUUCCUACAAGGCCCCUGUACCAAGCCAGGCCAUUAAAGAUACCUACCACUUCCGCCAUCUUUUACACCGCUUUGCUGGUCAUGUAUCCGAGGGAGAGGAACUAACAGCGCAUGAAGAAGAAUGCCUUAAAAAGCUGGGUGGGGACUGUGCCAACUACUUGCACAUGAAGGCUCAUGACUGCUCCUCCUACACACAGGUGGUGUCCACGCUCACUGACAUCUUAAAGAAGUCUGGCAUGCCACAGGUGAGUGACAGCUGCCCUACAAAGAGUCCCAGAGACCAUCUCCUGCUCAAUGUGGGGACAGAGGUGUAUAAGGUUUGUCCAGAUCCCGAUGACCUUCUGCCCUACCUCAUGAAGAAUAACCCACUGAUGCCAGUUGUCUAUAACCACAGGAUCAAGAUUCAUGUCAACACAGCAGGAGGGGAGGAGUGGAUUAGCACAGGACUCUACCUCUCUCCUGGUAUGAAGACCUUCUUGGCCAUACCUGCAGAGAUUGUCAACAAGGGAUGGCAGAUUCAGAUAGGCUGUCAGACUGAUCGACUGCAUGCUGAAGAGUUGAAGAGAGCACCAUGUGUUCAUGAGCGGUUUCCUGUUACCUCAGAGAUGAUGCAGGUGUGGAACCUGUGGGGGGGACUCCUCUAUCUGGUGGCCCCACCCAAAACACAAGUGAAUGGGUUGGAGGUGAUAGUGCAGAUGGCUGUACCUGCACCGUAUUAUAAAUCUGGUGUGACAACUGCAGCUGACUGGUCGUUGCUGCGUACAGCUCCUUCACCCUGGGCAGAGCUGGAGUUUGACAACAUCAUCCUCACCGUGCCAUCAGAUGUUGUGCAGGACCUGGAUCGCCCUGAGGAGCUGGCAGCUCUCUGGAACGACAUGAUGAAGGCCAUUGCUGACCUCGCUGCCAUCCCACACAAAUUUUCCCGCAAAGAACGUUUUGUAACUGAUGUCCAGAUUUCCCAUGGUUGGAUGCAUGCAGGUUAUCCUAUCAUGACACACAGGUCCACAUCAGCUGAGCUGGUCAGCACUGACCACGCUAGGAGUAAAGGCCUGUGGGGCCCCAUCCAUGAACUGGGACACAACCAACAGAGGGCCUGCUGGGAGUUCCCUCCAAACACCACAGAGUGCACAUGCAACCUGUGGUCAGUGUACGUGCAUGAACAGGUGCUGGGGAUCAACAGGGCAAAGGCUGACCCAAUUAUGACCCUAACAAAGAGGAAGGCUCGUGCAGAAGAAUACGCUAAGGGGGGCAGGAAACUCAGCAGCUGGGAUACAUUUGUGGCCCUGGAGACUUACAUGCAGCUCCAGGAUAAAUUUGGCUGGGAUGCCUUUAAGAGGGUGUUUGAUGCCUACCACAAGAUGAGCAACUUCCCCAAUGACAACCACGGAAAGAUGAACCUGUAUGCUGAGACCUUCUCCCAGGCUGUGGGGAUGAACCUGGCUGGGUUCUUUAAGGCCUGGGGCUGGCCCAUACAAACAGCCACUGAGGAGAAACUCUCCAAGCUGCCUCCCUGGAGUGAUCACCCCAUGGUUCAGUUUGCCUGAACAUCAGACUGCUGCUAUUUUUAAAGAAAUUAGAUUUUUCUCAACUCUGAAAUUGUCUGGCAGAGGCUGACAGGAGCACCUCAAGGCCUCCUUCAGUUCUCUAGCUUUUGAUUGCAUUUAACAUGAUUUGUAACUGAUUCCUUGGGUUUUAAAAUGUUUUUAAACUUGUGUUUUGUUUUAUUCUUGUUUUAUUUCCACAGCAACUAUUACAGCACUUGUUCUCUAUGUCUUUGUGCUAUGUGAAUGCUGUAUGUCCUUAUAAAGCAUUUUGAUAGAAAGCUUGUUUAGUUUAGUUAUUUUUCACCCAGCAGAUUUGGUCACUUUAUCUGUUAACCCACAAUUAAGUCAUAAAAGAACCAAACUUCAUGAAUGUUUUGUGACAAAGAAGUAUCUGUUCCAAUCACUCUAUCAGAGAAAAAUCAGAGUUGUAGAAAUAACUGGAAACUCAAGAGAGCCAUGACAUUAUGUUCUUUACAAGUGUAUGUAAACUUUUGACCACAACUGUACAUACAUUAACCUUUCACUCCAGUAAUGCUUUUAGGUCUAGCAAGGCCAAAU